GGCUUUAGUUGUAUGUAAACUUUCAGCAACACAAACUUGAUUUCAGUAUUCAGUUUCACUGUUUCAUAUCCAUUCACAUCAGUUCCAUUGCGAGUGUUGCGAAGGAUUGUUGAUGUGUGACGCUCACAACUUCCACCAGAAUAUCACGGCGUUUACGAUUCUGAUUCGAUGUGUGAAAAUGUGAUGAAUUAAACUGACUGUCAAAUAAAUUAAAAUAUAUAAUGCGCUCUUCGAUUUCGUUCUUUUUCGUCCUUUGUUGCCUGGCGGAAUUUGUUUCGGCACAAUACAGGAAUCUAGCCCCGUCAGUCUGUCCGUCUUCAUGUAUUUGUUAUCGAAGGAAUGUCCGAUGUGUGAAGAAGGAUCUUCAGGAAAUACCGAAAGUUCCUGUCUUAACAAAUAUCCUAGAUUUGAAGUUCAACAAAAUCAGGGACAUACAUCCAGGAAUCUUUCAACACCAUGUGUAUAUGAAAUCGCUCCUGCUGAACGAUAAUUUGCUUAGCAGCUUGCGAAAUGGCGCGUUUACAGGACUGGCUCAACUCAAGCAUCUGUCUCUCCAUAAAAAUAGAAUACGUUACAUCGAACCGGAAGUAUUCCAUGGACUAUACAAACUGGAGUACUUAUAUUUAUAUGGGAACGAAAUCCAAGAGUUCGACGCAAAAACAUUCACAAAUCUUCCCUCCCUGAGUCGCCUAUUUCUUCAUAAUAACAAAAUCAGUCAUAUACUCAUGGGUUCAUUUGAAGGACUUCCAAAAUUAUCGAGAUUACGUUUAGAUUCGAAUGCUCUGGUAUGUGAUUGCGAUUUACUGAUGGUAACUAAAAUGCUGGAACAAAAUUCAGUUCACACAGGUGCCAGGUGCAAGUAUCCAGACGAAAUGUACGGAAAGUCCCUCACGGAAAUGAGCGCACAGGAUGUGCAUUGUGAAAAACCUGGAAUCAUUCAAGGUCCAAGGGAUGUAGAAGUGUCCUGGGGUGGGAUAGCAGUAUUUACUUGUAAAGUAGAAGGACCUUCUACAUCAGUGGAAUGGAUGAAAAAUGAAGUCCUUAUUGAACAAGACGAUAGAUACAAGAUAAUGGAUGAUGGAUCAUUGAUGAUUAAAAAUUCUGAAGAUAAAGACGAGGGCACUUACGAGUGCAUGGUAAAAAGCCCUCAAGGUGAAGUUCAUUCGCAACCAGCAAAGAUGAUCGUCGUUAAAGAUAAUGACAAUGAAUAUAGAGAUGCCGACCCUCAGAAGCCGACGUUUGUAGUUCGCCCGCAAAAAGUGGACACGUCUGUUGGAGCUAGAGAAAUUAAAUUAAACUGCAAGGCGAUUGGGAACCCCAAACCUGUAAUUACUUGGUCUCAAAACGGCAUCACACUAGCUUUAGAUUCGAGACGCUUCUUAGAAAAUGGAGGAAAUUUGGUAAUUCGAACGGUAGAACCAUCAGACGAUGGUAUUUAUCAAUGUGAUGCCUCUAACGUCCACGGAAGAGUCAGUACUAGUGCAGUGGUGAAUAUAAAUACUGCACCAUCAUUCACAAUACACCCCCAAAGUGCAGAUGUGCAACGGGGGGCUACACUGAGACUGGAAUGUGCCGCUGUGGCAUCCCCAUUUCCCCAAAUCACCUGGUUCAAAGAAAACAUACAGUUGACGGAAUCGGCAAGGAUCAGAUUUACACCUGAUAAAACCGUUUUGGAAAUACAACACGUUGAAGAUUCUGAUUCCGGUUUGUACAUAUGCGAAGCCAAAAACAAUAUGGGCAAAAGGGAGACCAGCGCAAACGUAAAGGUACUGGCCCAUGAAGAGAAAGAAAAACCACCAAUUUUGAUCUACAAGCCGUACGAUAUCGAAGCAGUUUUGGGGGGUACAAUAGAAUUACCGUGCAAGAGUGAAGGAAUCCCAACCCCUGGAAUACAAUGGCGUAAAGAUGGAUCCACCAUGCAAAGAACUGGAAGAUUCAGAAUAUCAAUCGGUGGCAAUCUCUACAUUUACAACGUACAACCAGACGAUGCCGGACGAUACGAAUGCACCGCGAUCAAUGAUCAUGGUUCGAUAUCGGCAUCUGGCUAUCUGACAGUUAAACAGCAACGUCACAACUCAGGGAUAAAUUUGGGCGACAAAUUUGUAAAAAUAGCGUUCGCCGAAGCCACAGACGAAGUCGACAGAGCCAUAAAUAAUACCAUCGAUUUCCUCUUUAACAAUCCAAAUGCGACGAGAACAUCCGCGGACAUAUUUCGUAUCAUUCGGUAUCCUAAUGCCCCGGCUCGUGAACUUGCGAGGGCUGCUGAAGUGUACGAAAGAACGCUUGUGAAUAUAAGAAAGCACGUCGAACGAGGAAUGUCUGCAAACCUUGCCAGCGACUUUAAUUACAGAGAAAUUCUGUCUCCUGAACAUCUCGAACUGGUAGCCAAACUUUCCGGCUGCACGGCUCACAGAAGAGCUCGAAACUGCACCGAUAUGUGUUAUCACAAGAAGUAUAGAUCAAUUGAUGGAACGUGUAACAAUCUACAGAACCCCACGUGGGGAGCGUCACUGACCGGAUUCAGAAGAAUUCUUAAACCCAUUUACGAAAACGGUUUCAGUACACCCAUAGGUUGGAACAGUGAAACUAAAUACUACGGGUUCAAGAAACCCAGCUCGAGGCUCGUUUCAACAACUCUCCUUUCAACCAAAACAAUUUCAUCUGACGACCAAAUUACACACAUGGUGAUGCAGUGGGGUCAGUUUUUAGACCACGACUUGGAUCACGCUUUGCCUUCGGUCAGUUCUCAAAGUUGGGACGGUAUCGAUUGUAAAAAGUCUUGCGACUACGCGGCUCCUUGCUUUCCCAUGGACGUCCCUCCUAACGAUCCCCGAAUACAAAAUAGGCGAUGUAUCGAUUUUAUCAGAACAUCGUCGAUUUGCGGUUCCGGAAUGACGUCAGUCUUUUUCGGUACGGUGCAACCACGAGAACAAAUUAAUCAGUUAACCUCUUACAUUGACGCAUCCCAAGUGUAUGGAUUUUCGGAAGAGCUAGCCAGAGAUCUGCGUGACUUGACCAACGAUCACGGUUAUUUGAGAACGGGUCGUGUUAUAGGAAACGGAAAACCAUUACUGCCCUUUGCCAACGGCGAUGCAAUGGAUUGUCGCAGAAAUCUGUCAGAAAGCUCCAUCAACUGCUUUUUGGCUGGAGACAUCCGCGCUAAUGAACAGGUAGGGUUGAUCGCUAUGCAUACUGUAUGGAUGAGAGAACACAACAGAAUUGCAGAUGAAUUGUACAGAUAUAAUCCUCAUUGGGAUGGAGAGACUCUCUAUCAAGAAGCCAGAAAGAUCGUGAGUGCUGCCAUGCAACACAUAACUUACAAACUUUGGCUUCCCUACAUAAUUGGCAAGGAAGGACUUGAAAUGCUUGGAGAAUACAAGGAAUACAAUCCAAAGCUCAAUCCUUCCAUUUCUAAUGUUUUUGCUACGGCUGCUUUAAGAUUUGGUCAUACCUUGAUAAACCCAGUGUUACAUAGACUGGACUCGUCUUUCAGUCCCAUAAACGAGGGUCAUUUACCGCUUCAUAAGGCUUUCUUUUCACCUUGGAGAGUAGUCGAUGAAGGUGGUAUUGACCCCCUUUUAAGAGGGUUCUUCACGGUGGCUGCGAAAGUCAAAAAACCAAACGAGAACCUGAAUGCCGAACUGACGGAACGUCUUUUUGAAUCGGCUCAUGCUGUUGCUCUGGACUUGGCGGCAAUGAACAUCCAGAGGAGCAGAGACCACGCGAUUCCAGGGUACAUAGAGUUCAGGAAAUUUUGCAACAUGAGCGAAGUAGACACUUUCAACGACUUACGAGACGAAAUAACCGAUCCGGAAAUCAGGAGGAAAUUGAAGGAUUUGUACGGUCAUCCGGGAAACAUUGAUGUGUUCGUAGGAGGAGUUUUGGAAGACCCUGUUCCCGGUGGUAGAGUGGGACCCCUAUUCAGGUGUUUGCUCGUUGAACAAUUUCGACGUCUCAGAGAUGGAGACAGAUUUUGGUAUGAGAAUCCAUCGGUGUUCAAACCCGAACAACUCGUCCAAAUUAAACAGUAUUCUGUCAGUAGAGUUCUUUGCGAUAAUGGAGAUAACAUAACUAGAGUUACUCAGAAUUCUUUCUUAUUGCCAGAACGCCAGGGUGGUUAUGUAAGUUGUUCUAAGGUUCCAAAGGUGGACUUGAGAUUGUGGACAGAAUGUUGUAAUGAUUGUAGGGCAUCGACUCAAUUUAACACAAUAAGCCGAUUUGGUAGAACUCGAAGAGAUGCGAAUGAAUAUUCUCCUCGAGGAAGUUAUUUAAAUUCUACUUACACCGAAACUGAUGAAAAUAAGAUUAAACGUUUGGUAAAAAAAAUUGACGAUUUAGAAAGUGAAGUCCAUGGUCUUCUCGAGACGUUAAAACAAAUACGCGAAACGCAAAGAAACAUUUUACGACGGUUAUAGGUGAAAUAUAUUCGAAUAUUUUUCCAUUUUGUUAAUUUAUUAUGUCAGGAUAUAGUCGGGACACCAAAUUUCAGGAAUUAAUUUACUUUAUUAAUUUGUAUGCUCAUACACUCAAGUUGUACAAAGUACAAAAUAUUCCUUUGUAUUAUUCACAUGAAAAUUGCCGCGAAAAAAUUUAGUUUCUUAGACAAUUUUGUGAUAACUGUUAAAAAAUACUUUAAUUUAGUGUACGCUUAUGCAUAUCAAAAUGUUCAUUAAAUUUCUUGAUUUUUUUACGUUGAUAGAUGUAGAAUAACACACGUAUUUAUUGUGCCAUUUAUAAUUGUGCUUGUAUGUAUUUUUACUGUAUGUAGAUUCAAAAAUAAAUACAUAAUAGUGAAAAAUAAA